AUGUUCAAAAUUUCCUCCUCUCUUCUUCUACAUUUCACCCAAAAUCGUUUUCUGAAUACCAUUUCUACUUCUACAUUGCCUUUGCCCUCUGUUUCUACCAUCCAAUUCCUCACUAAUUCAUGUGGCCUUUCUUCUGGAUCUCCUACUUCCAGUGGUCGAAAGCUCCAAUUCGAUGAAAAAAGAAUCCAGCAGUAUGGAGCCAUUAUCGGUUUCUUGAAAUCAUAUGGGUUCGAGAAUCCACAGAUCGCCAAGUUGGUCUCCAGGCAACCUUCGAUCCUUCAAUCCGGAGUAUCCAAAAAUCUGAAGCCUAAAUUUGAGUUCCUCCAGGAAAUCGGGUUUGUUGGACCUUUACUUCCUAAGGUAAUUCUAUCAAACCCUGCGAUUCUUCUCAGGAGCUUAGAUUCUCAUUUGAAACCAUCAUUUCGUCUCAUAAAGGAAAUGCUUAAAUCGGAUGAACAAGUAACUGCUGCUAUUUGUCGUUCUUCGUGGCUUCUAACUUAUGAUUCUAAGCGUGUUAUAAAACCUAACAUUGAUGUUUUAGUCAAUGAAGGAGUACCUUCUAGGAAUCUAGCGAAAAUGAUUGCAUUGAACCCUAGAACUAUUAUGCAAAAGGUUGAUAGAAUGAUUCAUGCAGUGAAAACGGUUAAAGAAUUAGGCGUUGAACCAAAGGAUCGUGUGUUUGGUUAUGCAGUUAGUGCAGUGGUUUCAAUGAGUGAAUCAGCUUGGAAAAAGAAAAUAAAUGUUUUCAAGAGUUUAGGAUGGCCUGAGAAUGAGAUUUUUAAAGCAUUUAAGACAGACCCGUAUAUUUUAGCUUGUUCAGAGGCGAAAAUAAGGGAUGUUGUAGAUUUCUGUUUCAACACUGCAAAGUUGGAUCUAGGAACCGUAGUUUCUUACCCUAUGCUCUUCAGGCGUUCAGUUGACAAGCGGCUCCAACCGAGGUACAAACUUCUUGAGGUUUUGAAGGUGAAAAAUCUUUUUAAGAACAAAAAGAUUGCUUGGCCUCUUUUAGUAGGGGAGAGAAUAUUUGUGGAGAAAUAUGUAGUUAAGCAUUUGGAUGAAAUCCCAAAUCUGAUGGACAUAUACCGUGGCAAUGUCGCAGCCGAAACCAAAUCUGUUCUAUAG